CCGUGCUCAGUACGUUUUAAACCUUGACCAAGAGCGAGUUGAAAAUAAGAAUUAAUUCGCCGAAUAGAUAAAAUGUCGAAGACAAUAUCGCUGCUAUUGUGCGCAACACUUUUCCAGCUUGGAUUCUGUUUGCCCAGGACGCAAACGCUAAGCUCCUCCGAGGUCGUUAAUAAGGAAUAUAAAGCGAUUGCACAAGAAAAGGAUGUAGCCGCACGCGUUGCGAAGCCAUUGCCGGUAUCGAGUGAGCGUGAGAAACUCGCAGCGAUGAUAAAAGAAGGCACAACCAAGCAUUUAAAAUUCCUGCUUCAAGGCAGUAAUAAAAUAGCCAAGGACUUGCUGGCCGAUCCGAUUUUCAAUAGUGUAGACACCGAAGCUAUGCGAACGGAACGAGCUGUGGUCGAAAAAUAUGUGAGGGACUCAGAUGAAGCUCUAAGGGCGCAGUCCGGAAAAAUCAUUGAACCGGUUCUAAAGGACUUUUUUACGUUUACAAAUCGUCACAAGUUGAAAAACGAAAGUCACACCACUGAAAAUGAUGUCGUGGCUAACGCUUUGAAGGCUCACGGUUUCGAGGGAUUCAAUGAAGAAGAAAUGCAGCUGCUGAAAGAAAUUGGCAAUCAUUAUGCAGAUGAAUUUGAAAAGUAUCUCAACUCACUUUCACCGGCAGACAGGGAGAAGGAGAAGGAUUUGGUGUAUGUUUAUGAAACGUAUAUGGAAAAUAAAUGGAUGGAUAGGUCCCAUUAUGGUUUCCGAUAUAAACUUUAUUUUGUAGACACGGAUGAGUCUGAUCAGUAAGCGAGUUGAUUAGGUAAUGGAUAUUUGAUGGCUGUAUACAACAAAAAAAUACAUAAAUAAAAGUAACAAAAAUAAAUUUAAAAAAAAUUAAAAACAAAAAAAAAAAAAUAAAAAUAAAAAUAAAAAAUUAAAAAAGGACAAAAAAAGAUAGCGAGAAAUAGAAAAUAGAUAAGUUGCGCAUGGCGCCUAUUUCCGUUUCUAAAGACCAUUAACAGGUUGCAAGAAAAUACUUUUCUACCUGAAGAUAUUUGUUGUUAUUAUUAUUAUUAUUGUUAUUGUUAUUAUUGUUAAAAAUAAAAACAUCAUGCAAUAAAAAGUGCACGCACGUA